AUGUCUGAGAAGGUGACGAUCGCGGUUCCACCACACGUCGAGUCGAAGAGACGGACUGACAUGAGCAGGAGAGCGCCGCGAACCAGAGCACCGCCGAGCAGCAGAGCGAUAAUGUCGCUCACGCUCUGGCGGGCGCCGGCGGUGGGCUGUUUUCUAUGGCCUUGACGUACGCCUCUCCGCGCCUCGCAGCGAAUCCAACAGACGACUGAUCGAUAGACACACAGCUACCCAUUGAUCACCCUCUCCACCCGAGCUCAGGUAGAGAAGAAGAAGGCCCAAACCGGGACUAUAUCCGCUGCGAAGCGAAUCAUUGACCGCGAGGGCAUCUCUGGUCUCUACGCCGGCCUCGACAGUGCUCUGUUUGGAAUCACGGUUACGAACUUCGUAUACUACUACUGUCAGUCCCUCCGAUCCCUAAACGCCCCGGGCCUCGAUCUAAUGUGUACUGCCAGGGUACGAGUACUCGCGCGCCUUCUUCCAGCGGACGACGAACAAGAAACAACUCAGCACCCUCGAAUCCAUGGCCGCCGGGGCCCUGGCCGGCUCCGCGACCGUCCUCAUCACCAAUCCCAUCUGGGUCGUCAACACCCGCAUGACCGCGCGCGAGAACGAAGCGAGCCAAUCCCUCCCCACCAAAGAAGGCGAACAACCAAAGAAAGCCAAAGCGCCCGGCACCAUCUCCACCGUCCUCAAGAUCAUCCGCGAGGACGGCUUCAUGCGCCUCUUUGCCGGCGUGUUGCCCGCGUUGGUCUUGGUCAUCAACCCCAUCUUGCAAUACACCAUCUUCGAACAGCUGAAGCAGGCUGUAGAGAGGAGGAGGAAAGUCGGACCGACGGAUAGCUUUGUGCUCGGUGCUCUGGGCAAGCUUGCGGCUACCAGCAUCACCUAUCCGUACAUCACGGUCAAGUCCAGGGCACACGUUGCCAGCGCCGACAGUCCCAAGGAGGGAAUCACUGCCACUCUCAAGAGGAUCUACAGGGAUGAGGGCAUCGGCGGUCUCUACGGAGGUGAGUCCCCCCCCCAUGCACGUACGAGGGUCUGACACUGACUCUUGACCCAGGUAUUGGCCCCAAGGUCACCCAGUCCGUCAUCACGGCAGCCUUCCUCUUCGCUUUCAAGGAUGCGCUAUACGAUAUGACCGUCAAGGCCCGCAAGACGGUGACCAAGAAGGCAUAA